CAUCGCUAUACCUAAACCACAGAACCAAACUCCCGCGUCAUGGCUUCCACAUGCGCAUUAUUGAACCUGCCCCGUGAGCUUCGCGACGAGGUCUAUCGCCACUAUGUGACGUUCGAGGAGGGCCUUGUUUACAACUUCGACUACGAUGCAAAAGGACACGAAGAGUCGUGCAACAAUCUGCGAAACCUGGCACCGGCCAACAACACGGAUUCUAUCGAUCUCGCCCUGAGGUCCACUUGCAAGCAGAUCCACGGCGAAACAGACGGUCUUAUCCUCAAGUUCAACACCAUCACCUUUUCGAGCACACGGAUCUCGAGGAACAACUCGGACGAGGUGCGCGUCAGGGCGGCUCGAUUCCACUUUCUGCGGGUCCCGCGGACCAUGGAGGCUGCAUCAUUCCUCUACUACGAGGACGGUCCCGUUGUCCGACCUUGUUACACUCAAGCCGUGGUGGAUGAGGUGGUACGUACCCAUCCAUCGAUUGGUCCACUGUUACGUAUUCUUCUCAAGGAGAAUACCCCCUGGGCUGAGAUCAACUCCGCCCACAAGGUCUUGCAAGCUCGACCGCACGAACAUUGCCCCGAAUCUGGUCAGGGCCCGACAGGUUCAUGGGGGAUUGUGCGCUCAUCAAUGCGCGCAGCCCUCAUGCAUGCUUUGAAGGUUACAGCGGAUCACGACUGCUUCAGCAGCGGACCCGCUGUUGAGCGGCCAACCUUUCCCCCUCGCGAGCUUUUGGCUCUCGACUCCGAAUUCCCGGCUUGGAGCCUCCCCACAGAUGACGACCUCCUCAAGCUAUCUCGACCCUACGCCAAGAAGACCGCCGACGUCUGCAUCAACGGGGCUGUCUACUGUCACGCAAGCCGCCAGCUCCACACGGCUGAGUUUUGGAAUGGACAAAGAUACUUGAAACGCUGGAUACUAGACGAGUUCUCCGAUGACCAUAUAGAUAAAGCGGAGAACAGGGGAAAAUAUCGUUUUUCCGCAGCCUCGGUUGCGAUCAAAUUUCUUUCUUCCCUUCCAAGCGGACUGCGCCUCUACCUACGUCACAUCCGGCUUCUUGAAAAGAAUGUUAGUGUUGCAUUUCCGGAAAGCCACGCCCAUGGGCUCAUCAAGUUCUGUGUGGAGAAUCCGAAACUUCGCGUUGAGCGGCGUGUCAGCGUAUGGAAAACCAUCCUCCAACAGCAAAGCCAUGAUUCCGAACACCAGGGAUCCGAUUUAGAAGCUACUCCGGAGGACCAGCGAGUACGGGCGUGGAUUUAUAACUCCGAGGGCUUCUCGACUGUACGAGCCACAAAUAACAUUGCACUCUGGAUGAUGGAGGCUGCGUCUCUUAUCCCGGCAGGAAUGCCAAAGGAUUCGUUCACAUUGGUUCUUGAUGGUGCACCGGGCGAUGACGUCCUUUCAGACGUUUUCAUCAAGUACAUCCAACGCGAUGCGGCGUGGCAAAUGGCCUGGCAAAUUUCAUUGAAAGACAAAGCUGAGCAGUCCGAGAUCGGGGAGGAGGGCGCCGAUGAUUUUUUCAUGCGUUUACGUGGUCCAUGCUGCUAUAUUUACAAGGAUUUUCCACUGGUACUAGAUGACAUCAUCAACAACAGGUCAGAGCUCAUUCAGUGCACCUUUAACACCGGGCCCAAAAUCUGGGAUGUCGAGACGGAAUUGAACAAGUAUCGAGCCCUCGACGACGCAGCAUGGGACAUCCACCGCCACGAGCACAAAGACAUGUUCUAUUGGAGGCAACUGGGACGUGAAGAAUACUUCGAUAAAGUCGUGUACGGGGCAGAAAUCCUCCCAUACGAGGAAGACCAAGAGUACUUCAGCGACUAGGGAGGGAUUGAUUGAUGGUGCUAUCUGGGCAUUUAAGCACCCACUUCAAGCCAAGAGGCUAAAGACUCCUUUAGAAUUCGUUUCACUGGGAAUCUGUGUCGUUAGUUAGAGAACAAUGCCAAAUGUUUCUUAGGAA